CACUCCUUCGGCUUUGAAGCUAACUUAAGACCACUGAAAAACGAAGGAAAACCAUGAGUGCCAUUUCCAAGAAUUCCUUGAAGAGGUCCCUGCUGGAGCUAGAAUGUCAUUUUACAUGGACUUUGCUCAAGCAGGAUGUGGACCUUGAUGAGCUAGAGGACACUAUAGUCGAUCAGAUCGAGUUUUUUAUUAAAUCCAACAUCACAAAUUAUAAUCUGCUAGCCUAUGUAUGCCACCUAAAGAAUUCAAAUGAGGAAGCCCUCAGAAAUCUCCAAAAAGCCGAAGAAGAAAUUAAAAAAAAUUAUCCAGAUGAAAUUGCCAGGAGAAGUCUUGUUACCUGGGGGAACUAUGCCUGGAUCUAUUACCACAUGGAGAGAUACAAAGAAGCUCAAACUUACGUAAACAAAGUGGAAAACAGCUGCAAAAAGCUUUCAAGUACUGCUCAAUGGAAGAUUCAGCUUCCAGAGAUCUAUGCUGAGCAAGGAUGGGCAUUAUUAAAGUUUGGGGGAAAAUACUACAUGAGAGCAAAGAAUUGCUUUGAAAAUGCUCUGAAGAAUGAACCCGAUAACCCAGAAUUUAAUGCCGGCUAUGCAAUAGCAAUGUAUCGUUUGGAAGAUUUUUCUCACAGACAACGCGAAGAUGAAAGCCUGUCCAUCGAGCCCCUUAAGCGUGCAGUGCAACUGAAUCCAAAGGAUACUUUCAUUAUGGCAUUACUUGCAUUAAAACUUCAGGACUUCAAGCGAGUUGAUGAAGGGGAGACGUACAUUGAAGCAGCAAUGCAGAAAACCCCCGACCUUCCUUAUCUCCUGCGAUAUGCUGCUAAGUUUUACAGAAGGAAAGGAGAAGUGGACAAGGCACUGAAGAUUUUGAAAAAGGCCAUAGCAGUGACACCAAGAUCUGCCUUUUUGCAUCACCAACUAGGACUGUGCUACAGAGCAAAGCUGUUUCAAUUGAAAAAGACUACAAGAUAUCCCCCUCAAGAGCAAGUGGAGGAACUCAUCCGACUUUCCAUUUUUCAUUUUAAAAUAGCGAUUGACCAAAAGACAAAAUUUUUUUCUGCCCAUAUUGACCUAGCAAAGAUGUAUGCAGAAGGAAAGAGGUAUGAAAAAGCAGAAGAGACAUUUCAGAAAGCGUUUCAGAUAAACAUUCUAGUCGAUGAUGAUAAACAAGAAUUCUACUACAAUUAUGGCAAUUUUCAGCGUUUUCACAUGAAAUCGGAAUCUGAAGCCAUUAGGUAUUACACAGAAGGGCUGAAAAUCGAAAAAGAUUCUUAUGUAAGAAGUAAGUGCAGAAGUGCUCUGAAUCAAUUGUUGGAACGGAGAAUUCAGGGAGGUUUAGGAGAUGCAACAGAUUUUGGUACACUUGGGCUCAUUCAUAAUCUAAAUGGUGAGAAACAAAAAGCAAUUGAGUGCUAUGAGAAAGCCGUUGCAUUGUGUCCCGACAAUGAAGAAUAUCUGAAUGCAUUAUGUGAGCUACAACUUUCCAUCUCAAGCUAAAGCUCCCAAAAAUCCUUCACGCCAAAAAAAUCCCCAAACCCAAGGACAUUUCAACAGACUCUCAAAACUACUUUUUUUUUUUUUUUUUAAGGUUGAAGUUAUAACCAGAUGAAACAUCUGGUGGCAUUACUUUCUGGUGAUAAUGUAGAAACUGCAGAUGAUGAUUGUUCAUUUGUUUGUUCAUUCACAAACAGAGAGCAUGCUUGGAAAGACUAAAUAAUAGCUAAGCUAUCUUAGUCUUCAAUGCUAACACUGAUAUAAAGGUUGUGUUUAAGUGAUGAUCUGUAGAACACAGAACUAAGCUGGAAAUCAGAUCUUACCUUCUACUGAGAAAAAGAUAAGGGAAUUGUAUUGUAGUAUUUCAUCUAUCCACUUGAAAAGCAUGCUUAUACACAAAUGGAAUUUGAUGCUUUUUCAAAUAUUUAAGAAAUGUCUGUCUUUAGUGUUAUUUAGAAGCAGCUUUUGUUGAAGACUUGUUCAGUUUACUCCCUUGUAUGUUGAUUAACUAUGAAAAAUAACCACUGUUUGGCUAGUUCACUGGAAAGCUUACAAAACAUGCAUUAUUUUUGUGAACUAUUAAAGAGC